AUGGCAACAGACCUAAAUGUUUUCAUAACAUUUCAUCAGCUCAUCAAAUGGUCAAAUAUCGAAGCUCACCCAUUUGGCCCAUUCAUGUUCCGUAAUAAAUUGCAAUCUGGUAUAAUAUCUCUUCUUUGUGGAAGUGGCCUUGAUCCUUUGAAGUUAUGGGGCGUCCAUGGUAAAGGCUGCAUAAAGAGGAUAACAGACAAAGAUGUACAAACUUUGGCAAUCGAAAUCACAGCAGCUCAGUUCUGUACCACAUGCAUAUCAUUACCAAGAGACAAAAAGAACGUUAUAGGAAUAAGACUCCCGUAUCUCACCUUGAACAUCAAAUAUUUAAAGCUUCCUUUCUGUUUCGAAUUUGAGGUAUUGGAUAGUCGAAUGACCAAAAGGCGUUUCAGGCUCAGCAAUGCCCAGUCAGGUGAGACUAGAAAGACGUUGCUGUGUCAUAUUCCACUAGCUCUCGAAGAAGGUUGGAAUAACAUUCAGAUAGAUCUUUUUCAUUUCACAAGAAUGGCCUAUGGAACUGAUUUUGUUGAAUUACAAAGGCUAGAAAUAUACGCCAACUGCAGGAUCCGACGGAUAUUCAUUUCGGACAGAUGGUACAAAGAAGAGGAGCUGCCUAAGGAUUAUAUAAUGAAAAAACCGACAAAAUUAACUAGGUCUAUACUCAGAAAAGACUAG